GAUCUGUCAAUGCACACUUCCCCGAUGAGAGCCCUUGAUCGCUCAUGUCCUCAGCGAGCUGGGCUGACACACCAGUUGGAGAGGAGGUUCUGGUGUUGUGCAAGUUCCCACAGUUGGAGAACUCUGAAUUCUUCAAGAAUGCAUCCUCUUUCCAGAUAGAGGGCUUGGAAGGCCCACUUCCACGUUUGGUGGUCGACGGUGCAUGGCGCUUCAAAGGUCAGCACUCGAGGCCUAUGAGCAGCAACUUGUUCUUCUCAGAAGACGCUCGCUCAACAUCGUCACUCGCAGGUGCCUCUCCCCACGUUGUUCACUUUGAGUUGGACCGUUCCAAUAUGGCCAGCAGGAUGGAUCGAGUACUUUCCGGUAUGUCGGAAAUUCGGGCUGGGAAGCUGGAACCGGAAGAGCCUGAGGAAAUACCCCAGGAGCAGGCUGAGAUUGAGGUACAGGAGGUGCAGGCUGCGGGAGCAGGUGACAGUGACAAAACUCUGCAGGAUGCAGGCUGCCCUUUCAGCGCAACAUUGAUGAGAAGGUUUAAUGGCCAGUUGUCGAAUCCGUGAAGUGCGGCUUGCAAAGAUUGUCAAUACCGUCUUUCGCUCUUUCACCUUUCAGCCUGCUUUCCAUCGGGGGUACCGCAUCCGUCUAUCAGAUUCUGCACAAAUGCAAUGUUCGCUGAUACCUAUGGCACUUAGACCUGAUCCAAACACCCAAGUCCCCGCCGCCUUGGAGACGCAACACAAGCAAAGAAGUUGGCAGACGCGCCAAAGGGAGUUGAAGAAGCGACCCGAAGAAAGAAAAGACGCACAGAACGAAGGAGAGUGGUGCCCUCAUCGACAUCAAAGUGAGUGGUAUCCUGUGAGAUGGCUUCAAAAAGAGAGGGAAAGCGCUGCUGCAUCACUCGUUGGCAGUCUUUAUAGGAAAUGUGAUCGACCUCGACAUU